AUGAGGACCUAUAUGAAGUUUCUCGUCGCAUUGACGUGGACGACUGCCUUCCCCAUUUGCGUUCGUGGAUGGCCAACUCGCGACGAGAUCAUCCAGUCCAUCUACGAACGCGCUACAGCUGACUCCAUCGACCUUGGGGCAAUACCUGGUUUUAACCUAAGCUCUGCUCUUGACAGUAUCGCCUCCACAUACCUCGAUGACCAGGAACAAGACCUGCGAAAGCGGAGCAGCUCCAAUGUUACCACCAUCAUCGACGUUCAUGCGCAUUGCGUUCCCGACUGGUAUCGCGCAAUCGCUCCAACGGCCGGCGGGAACCCGACACCGUUUUGGAACGUCAGUGGGCACCUCAACUUCAUGGCAAGCCAGGGCAUCUCGCACGCAGUCGUGGCCUUCUCCUCGCCCGGCGCAAACGCGUAUCCCGGUAAUCGAGGAGCGACAAUCGCGCUUGCUCGGCUGAUCAAUGAGCAGUCUGCGGCGUACGUGCAAGUCUACCCAAAUCGCUUCUCGUUCUACGGCGUCGUCCCGCUCCCAUACACCCAAGACGCCAUCGCUGAAGCCGCAUAUGCGCUCGACACGCUUGGAGCCGUAGGUAUCGCGCUCUACUCCAACUUCGAGGGUCGCUACCUUGGUGAUCCCGCCUUCACGCCCUUCUUCCAAGCUAUGAACGCGCGCGGCCCCGAUCAGAUCAUCUACGUCCACCCCACGACCCCGUACCUGCGCGUGAACGGCUUGCUGGUCGAAGCAAACCCAACGACCUACCCGACUGGCAACAUCGAGUUCUACUUCGAAACAGCGCGCGUACUCCAAGAUCUUGCCGUGACGCAAACAAUCCUUAACUUCACGAACAUCAACUACAUCAUUCCGCAUGUCGGUGGCGCAUUCCCAUCCGUCGCAGACCGCCUGUUGAAGUCGUUCCCUGCGAUCUACGACCGCACCCUGGCUGCUUUGCAAACGCGCUUCUUCUGGGAUUCCGCCGGCCCCACGUACUUUCACCAAAUCGGUGGCCUUCUCGCGUAUGACAUUCCGGCGUCAAAUCUCUUGUUUGGUACAGAUUUCCCGUAUGCGCCGAUCUUCACGUACGCGCCUUCGCUGGUAGGCAUCAAGACGUCGCGGUUCGUGGACGAUUCCGAACGUCUUGAUAUCUUCUUUCGCAAUGCGCAACGCCUCUUUCGCGAUAACGUAGGUGCAUAG